GCUGAAGGCAGUUUGCGAUUUUUACUUGGAACGCAAUCAAAGUCGAACCUCGGAGUAAGUUGUUUUCAAGUGUUUACCCCAGAGAAGUGGAUCAAUUCUGAGGAGGAUGUGAGGUCGUCAGACAGUCAGAAACGAAAUCCUUGCUGUGCCGCACCAAAGUGAGAUAUCAAUGAGUUCACGUGCGUGGAGCAGCUUCUUCAAACAAUAUUAAUGAUUCAAGAUGCAGCAACAGACACGUCUCAGUCUCGAAUCGUGAGCGCGCCAUGGAGUUCCGAAACCUCCGCCUGACGGCGAGCUCCGAGCUCGGGGAGACGAGCGAUGGCGCCGGGAGCAAGGUUUCGAUUUUGAAAGGUUUGUGCGGCAAAGUCGGGCCAGGUGAAACGUUGGCCAUCAUGGGACCGUCGGGGUCUGGAAAGACCACGCUACUUCGUAUGCUCGCCGGCCAGGUGACGCCAAAUGCGGAAAAGUUUCCGGAACAUUCGGGCACGAUUUCCGUGUUUUGCAACGGAACUAGCUGGAAGGAACUUGCUGCGACAAGCUAUCCGUUUUCCGAGGAGGUCAAGCUGGUCUCGCUCGUGGAGCAAGAGGAUUUUUUCGAAAACCAGGUCACCGUGGGGGAGCAGUUGGAGUUCCAUGCGAAAAUGCGGCUGUUUCGCCUCUCGAAAGCGGAGCAGCAAGAGAAGAUCACGACUGUGUUGCACCGCCUGCGCCUGAGUCACUGCAGAGACCGCCGGAUCGGGUUCCUCAGCGGCGGUGAGCGUAAGCGGCUCUCGAUCGCCGAGGAGCUUUUGCACGAAAAGGUGUCCGUACUUUUGCUCGACGAACCAACGUCCGGACUGGACAGCACGAUGGCACGGGAAGUGGUGGAUAUCUUGUACGACGACGGCUUGGAAGAACAACAGGGCGCCAGCUCUUCGCACAGUAGUGCAAUGAAUUCUCAGAAUGCAAUAUCCUGAGUAAAAACGUCCCCAUCUCAGAGUCAACCUAGGGAUUUUGCAACACAAACCUAGAAGUUUUGGGGCUCACGCAUCACAAGUUGCAGUCCGUAGUGUAGUGCAGCCUAGCAAGGACAAACGCGUCACAAAUGCAUUUGCUCAUCCUGGUUACAGCAUUACAAAUCCCAAAACACGACUAGAAACGCCUCUCAUGGAGAUGCGCAUUACAAACGUGCCUGUCAUUGCAAAUCUGCAUCACAACUCUGGGGUGGGGACGUUUUUACAAAUGAUAUGCAAAAACAACCAUCCUGUUUACCAUCCACCAGCCGUCGUCACUUAUCUACAGCCGCUUCCGCUAUCGCGAGGAAAAUUGCCCCCACCCCCAAAGUUGCAAAAAUUUGUAAUGCGAAGUUUCCAAAUGAAAACUUUUUGUCAUGCAUGAAAGGAGUACAAAUCUUUCUGAUGCAGAGUCUAGGCGUGUUUCGCCGCGCUUGCAUGACAAACGCCGCUCUUGCUGGGAUCUUUUGCAAUACAAAUUUUUGCUAGUCACGAUCGGAAAUCUGCGAUGCUGAUAGAUGCAAGAGAGCGACUGUUUCAUUUGGAAAGGUUUGCAAUACAAAGGCUUUCAAGUUCGGGGGUGGGGACAUUUUUCAUUGUAAUAUCCGCGAAGUGUACUUCAUAGGAAAGGGAGAGUGCUGCUACUUUGGCCCGGGACUUUCCAUGGCUCACGAGCUUUCGGACAAGGGGUUUGCAUUCCCCCGAGGCUACAACGCGGCGGAGUUCGCGCUGGACUUAAUCCAGAAUGAGGAGAAACGCGAGAAGCUGCUGUUGACCUACAGAGAAUUAUCUGGGAGCAAUGUUGCACUACGGGACAGCGCAGAGGAAGUCAGACGAGAUGAGGAUACUGUAGUUGCGACAAACGCGGCCGACAGGAGCGGUCCGAUGGAGGGUGAACCUCCAGUGGGAGAACACCAAAACCCGAAGCAAAUUAGUAAGCGCAUUUUGUCCAAGUACGCGGAGAUGCUGCCUCCGCCGGAUCUUGAUACCGUGGUGGCGCACGACGAGGCAUUGAAUCAAGCAGCUGGCGCAACGACCGCGCAAGACGUAGUUCAUGCGACCGCUAGCACUACUACAACCCGUGUAGUUCUUUCCAACCAGCAAGACCGCCCCUCUUGGUGGACCCAGGUGAGAGCCUUGCACCAGCGGACGUACCGGGCACGCCUGCGACGCAGGUUCGAGACGUGGUUAGCCUUGUACGCGAACGGGGCGCUGCUGGCACUUUGCGGGUGGAUUUUUUUCCGCACCCCGCCGCACCCAAAGAUGAACAACACGCGACACGGCGCGGCGUUUUUCUUCUUCGUGCACCCGAAUUUUUCCGCCGCGUUCGAGACCAUGACGAUGCUGGUCCAGGGCGCGCGGUUUCUCCGGCGCGAAAUUGUGACGAAGCGGCUAUACAGUCUGAGCGCGUUCUCGGUGGGCCGCAUGACAGGGGAGUUGCCGAUCUCCUCUUUGUUUCCGUUACUCUUCACGAUCGCCGCGUGCUUUCUCGUGCAGUUCCACGGCAUCUUCGGCGUCGACGACGACGUGACGGCCGGGUUCUUCUUCGAGAAGUUUUUCGUCUUUUUGCUGAUUUCUGAAUGUGUCAUGCUGACGGCGAACGCGGCCGGGGCGUUCGUCGCCUCUCUGACCGUAUCAAGUGUAAAAAUGUCUGGGUCUGGAAACUUGUGAUGCUGGUUGGCGUAUCAUGAGGCGGCGACAAGUGCUGGCUCAGCAUGACAAGUUUGUGAGCUUCGAGGUGUUGCCUGGUCUGCAUGACAAACUGCUUUUCUGCAUGACAAAAAAGCGAGGCUCUUGGGUAACGUGCAUGACAGACUUUGGGGUCAUGCUGGCAGAGCAUGACAGACCUUCCAUUCUUCCAGACCCAGACAUUUUUACAAUCCAUAGACCGACGACCCGGACAUCGCGACUGCGAUACUACUCAUGAUACUACUCCCGAUGCUGCUGCUGAACGGGUUUAUGCUGGAUUUGGAUUUACUGCCCGUAUGGAUGCGGUGGGUGAAAUACCUGUCAUUGGCCUACUGGGGUUUUAACGCGAUGAUUGUCUGGGCUUGGACCGACGUAAAACUGGACACAUGCUCCACCGAGGAGUUUGUUCUCUACCCAGACGACUGCCAAUACAAAACGGGGGAAGAGGUGCUGAAGAGCAAUUUCGGCAUUGAUGUCACGGAGACGGAUCACAUUGCGAACUCCCUAGUGGCCUUGUUGGCCUUUGCGGCAAUCUGCCGGGUGUUAGCGUUUGGGAGAAAUUAUUCCCGGUACAUGUGUGAUGACUCGGUUUCGGUAUUGCUUGAAAAACUAAAAUGGAAAAAGUCUGGUACAAACACAAAUCCUACUGAGCGGCUCCAAAAUACUGACGAAAAAUAGCAACCGACAUGAACAAUAGGAACUCCAUCAUUGAGU